AGCUUUAUAAAGACUUGGUUCUGUCUUCCAGAGGGCCAGCCCUUCCUAUAGACUGGGAGACCAAGCUGUGUGGACACCCAGCGGGUUCCUGUCCCUAUUGCGCAGAAGCCGUCCCAAGCUAGGAAAAGCCCAUCGCAAAACCGUUUUCCCUUCCCCAAGAGGCACAGCAGACUCGGUGUCCCAAUAUUGGAUGGAUCGUCCCGUUUCAUUUGACGCCAUGGAAGCCUGUUGACUCUCCUUGGCUUCUAGGGAAAGUCGCUGCUCUCCACCGGCGGCAAGCCCACUUCAAGACGGGUUCAAUUCAGCGCUGGACUCAAAACCGUUGCUCAUUUUGGUGGGUUGAGUUGAACUGAUGUGCUGGAAAGAACACAUCAUUUUUUAAAAAGAAGACGAACGACCCGAAAUAAAAGUGAUUCCAGGAUAUUUUUUUAAUAAAAUAAAUACGUAAAUACAAUAUUAUUUUAUUUUCCCCAUUAACUCGGCGGGAUUUUGGAAUGCUGGGCUCCGUCAAAAUGGAAUCGCACGACAUCUCAGAAUGGACCUCGUACUACAACGAACCCACAGAGGUAUUUCCUUCCGUGAGCACAAUGGCAUCCAGUUUGGGACCUAUGAACCCCAUAAAUUCCUACGUGACGCUGAAUCCCCUGAGUUCCCCCAGCUCUAUGAACAUGGCGUACCCCAACAGCGGCUUGAGUAGCCCUUCUCUGACCGGACUAACCAACGCCGCCAGCCCCAUGGGUCUUCCAACAGUGGCCUCUCCCGUCAGUCCGGUAUUGACUCCAUUGGGAGCUCAGGCCUCCAGUCUCAACUCUCUCUCACCUUAUCAAAAUGUCAGCCAGUCGAUGACCCAGCUGGGCUACUCACCGUCAAGCAUGAACAGACCCAAAGAGAUCAGCAAGUCCUACCGGCGCACCUUGACCCACGCCAAGCCACCCUACUCCUACAUCUCCCUCAUCACUAUGGCAAUCCAGCAGGCCCCAAGCAAGAUGUUGACCCUCAACGAGAUCUACCAGUGGAUCAUGGACCUUUUCCCGUACUACCGCGAAAACCAGCAGCGCUGGCAGAACUCCAUCCGCCAUUCCCUCUCCUUCAACGACUGCUUUGUCAAAGUGGCCCGUUCCCCGGACAAGCCGGGCAAAGGCUCCUACUGGGCCCUCCACCCGAAUUCGGGCAACAUGUUUGAGAACGGAUGCUACCUGCGGCGCCAGAAGCGUUUCAAAAUUGAAGACAAGGCCAAGAAGACCAACUCUAAGGCUUCCAAUGCCCAAGACCAGGCUUCCAAGAUUUCGGAAGGUCUUCAGGAAGGCCAGAGUCCCAACACUGGUUCAGAAGGGGCAGAGUCAGGCCAUUCAGACACCUCUCACGGCUCCGAGGAGCAACGAGGGUUGGUCCAACUCGAUUGUUCAGGGGGCCAAGGCUCGUCCCCAGCUUCUGAAGCCUCUCCAGCCCCUAUUUCCCAGUCUCUGAAUAGCCACUACUUUGCCACCUCCAUCACCAACCUGGAUCUUCCCAGCGACCUCAAAAUGGACCCUCAGUUCAACUUCAACCAUCCCUUUUCCAUCACCAAUCUGAUGUCAAGUGAGCAGAGUCAAAAGGUUGACCUGAAGUCUUAUGAGCAGGCCAUGGCAUAUAGUGGUUACAACUCGCCACACUCAGUGGAAAGCAAGCAUGCCUAUGAGACGUCCACCUCUCUCAGCGAGACCGGCUCCUACUAUCAGAGCCUCUACAACCGUUCUUUGCUCAAUGCUUCCUAAGACUGUUAGUCUUGUUGCAGUGGAGGGGGGAAAGGGGGAAGGAGACCAAAGAAAUAACAGAAACUAUGCCUGGUGCCAUCACCAGCAAGACCAUCCAUGAGAUGUUCCCUCCCAGUGCCAAUCUAUUGCAACCGUGGAAAGGAGUAAAAACCAUCAAGAGGCCUGGUCUACCGGACUCUCAGCAACCACAUGCUUUCCAGAUCGACACUGUCUCAUAGUGGUCAACAGCUUCUUUGGAGCCCUGUCAUUUCAAUAGACUCAUUUGCUCAUAAUGAUCAGGAGAGCAGCAAGAAAGGAAACAUCCAUGCCUUAGCACUAUCCACCAACCACCAAAUGGGUCAGAAGAAUAUCCAUGGAUCCAUCUUCACUUUGGCAAGGUUGUACUGUUGCCAGCAUGGAUUUCCAAAAGCAAAGUCAAAAGGAAAAGUCCCACUCUUGGAUACCUCCAGGAGCGGAGCAUUGAUGGGAAUCCAUGUACCCAUGAGAAGCAACAUAGGAAAGGUAACUCUGUAAGAUGGACCGAGCCGAGGACCAUCCCUUGGCCUAGGACAGUUGACUUUCCUGCUUCGACACAGAUGUUACAGUCAAUAGUUGAACUCUCAUGUUAGGAUUUUCGAACCCACCUUUAGGUCAGAAUCAUACUUGGCAGACUCUGUUGUUACAAUGCAUACACACAAAGGGGUUUGGUUACGCCAAAGACAAUGUAAGCCUCAGCCUGAAAAGGAGCAAGGAGAAUAUAGUUCCAAUGUUUUUUUUAAAGUGGCUUUAUAUUUAAAUAUUUGUGCUAUCUCUCGGGGAAAAAGGGUAAGAGUUGAUUUAAUAUAUCGUACUUUAGAGACAAUUCAGGGGGUGUCUUUGUUUUUCUCUCUCUUUUUGGUUUUAACAAUAAUUAAAACAAAUGAUAUCCAGUCCCCUUA